AUGCUAAAGUUGCACUACCGGAAUUUCAUCACAGCACAGCACAGCACCACGAACACCACACCUACAAUGAUUGCUAGUGUUUGCAAGCGAGCCGGAUUGCGGGCUGGCCCACGGGCAUACCCAGGAGUGCGCCAGUUUGCCCUCCGAGCAUACAACGAGGAGAAGGAGCUGGCUCUCAAACAGCGGCUUUCGCAGCUUCCUCCCCCCGGCAAGGCCUUUGUGACUGCCGAGGGAGAGCCUCGACCUGCCAAGGAGGCCGAGCUGGCUGAGCUGGCUGAGAUUGCCGCUCUGUACAAGACGGACCGAGUUGGCAUUCUCGAUAUUCUGCUGCUGGGCAACAAGCACGCCCGACUGUACCGAGACAACACAGCACUGCUCAAGGAUUACUACUACAACGGUCGACGAAUCCUCGACAAGAUCCCCGUCAAGGACAAGCAGACAGGCAAGGUGACGUGGGAGAUCAAGCGAGAGGGCGCCGAGAAGGAGGACUGGGUCAAUCAGAUGUACUUUCUGUACGCACCCUCGCUGAUUCUGCUGCUCAUCGUCAUGGUGUACAAGUCUCGAGAGGACAUCACCUUCUGGGCCAAGAAGGAGCUCGACCAGCGAGUUCUGGACAAGCAUCCCGAGAUUAACGAUGCUCCCGAGAACGAGCGAGACGCCCUGAUCGUCGAGCGAAUCAUUGCUGGCGACUACGACAAGCUGGCCAGCUUACAAAAGAAGGCCACCCCCACCCCGGCUACUUUGAUUUAG